AGAAGAGGCGAGAGAGAGAGGAGGAGAAGAAAAGAGAGGAGAAAAGAUGGUGAUGGCAGAGAAGAAGACGGCGAGGGAAGAGGAAGAAGAUUUGUGUGUGUAUACACAGAUCUGUGUAUACACACACAACAGAAAGUGAUGGCGACGAAUCUGCCGCGACAGUGGUUCAGAGAAUGGGUGGUGAAGAAUGGGCGUCGACGCAACACCUUCUUUAUCCCUUCUUCUUCUUGUGCAUUUCACAAUCCAAAGAACCGCGGGAAGCUUUUUGUUCUGCUCUUGAAUUUCCUAGUCGUCACUCUGUCUCUCUCUUGCAGCGGCAACAACAGCAUCUUGGGCAGCAUCCAGGUAACCCUCCUCUCCUCCCCUCUUCUCUUCUUUUCUCUCGCUCACGCAGACCCUCAGAAUCUCUCUCUCGCUCUCGCGUUUCCUCACACACUGUCUGUAGCAGCAGCGGCAACGAUUGCCUCACCGGUUCUCCCUCCAGCAUCCAGGUAUGUCGCAACCGACUUGGCAACUGACAUAGUCAUUAAUGUGGGAGAGGUGCAAUUUUAUCUACAUAAGUUUCCCCUCUUGUCCAGGAGUGCCUGCUUGCAGAAGUUGGUUGCAGAUACAAAUGAGGAAAACAACAAUGAAAUCUGCAUCCAUGAGAUUCCCGGUGGACCUGCUGCCUUUGAAAUAUGUGCAAAAUUCUGUUAUGAUACAACCCUUUUGAGUACAAGGUGAUAUUUUCGCAUGUCGAUAUUGGAUCUUACAAUCUUAUUUAUAUGCAAUCAUUUUGAGUACAUGAUGAUACCUUCGCAUCACUACAAGAAAUUGCAAUUUGGAGACCACUUUUGGCGACGAGGUCAUUUUUUCGUAGUAAAAGCCAUAUUUUUUCCAACACAAGGAUCAAUUUCGUUGGUAAAGGUUAGCGUUUAGCGAUGUUAUUCCUGCUCGUCGCUAAAGGUCCAAAACAUUCACUUGGCACCAAAAGCUGGGAUGUGCGCCAAAAUUGAAUUAGUUUUAGCGAGGAUUAUAUAGUUUUGGCGACGCAUUAUGUGUUGUUGUUAGUCUUCUUGUAUUGGCGACAAUGACUCUGUGUUGAUAAAGAGCUUUUCUUUUAGCGACAAAAUAAAUUUGUGUCGCUAAAAGUCAGUCACUUACGAAGAUUAUGCAACGACGUCGUUUUGAUGUGUUCUAAAAAAAAAAAAAAAUACAGAAG